CUGAAUUGUUGUUUUUUCUGGUGUCGUUUGAAAUGUUUUGAUUGAUGAUUGGCGCGCUCAAUUGAUAUCACGGAACGAAGGCAAUAGCAGUUGUAACGCCCUCGUAACUAUAACUUUGUGACACACCCUCGUACAUCGCUACUUAGGCAACCAGAAUAUCUGGAGCGUUCUGCGUUGACAUCUAGAGCUUUCGAUCGAGAAGCAUCGGCCGCCAUGCAGACCCAAAGGCUCUCAAAAAAGAAGACCUGCCAAUUUGGAUGCGAUUAGUCGUCAAUUGUGCAUUGUGGUGUAUGGCGUAUGUAGAUGUCUAUAUAUUUUAAAUCUAUAAAUGAGGUUGUUAGCCAUGUAGUAAUCGUUCAAAGAGAAACUAUGGAAAACUUGAAUAUCACCAGCAUACGAUUGACUUGAACAAUGUUGAAAAGUGUUUGUGAUAUCGAAACUGUAUAUGAGGAACAAGAUUAUCCCUAGUAUGGAUCCCUGAAGCAUGUCGGAAUAAAUAUGCCUUUUUUUAUUGUUUAUCUUGUAUCAAAACAUAUUGAUGUCGUUCAUUUAGAUAUUUAACAAUCUAUCCAAAUCGUCAGAUUUAGAAAUCAAAAGCUUAUGAUCCAGCUUGUCAAAAGUCUUACUAAGGUCUAGUAAAACUAUUAAGUGCGGCUGCUUUUUGCUUAUACGCCGCAGUCAGUGCUUCAGCACAAACACGCGAUGGAGAGGUAGUUGUGUCCUUUUCUAAAGCCCGAUUGGUUUUCGGGCACAAUGUUGCAUUCUAGUAAAUACUCGUUCAUCUGCAUGUUAACAGUUACAGACACAAUUUAAUAAUCACGAUAAGAUAAUAGGUGUAUAAGAAUACGUAACAUACUUCUGCUGUAGGAAAAAUAUUAUGUGCAGCUUGAGCGCAAACUAUUCUGCGCCGCGUCCAAAAUAUUGACGCUUAUUGCAUCAUUUGAGCGAGAAUUUGGGUAAUCAAAAUAUCUCAAUGUAUUGAGUCGAUGCACAACUUCAUUUGGAGUAUAUUUACUGGUCUAUAUUGAUAGAUAAUUAAUUCAGUUUUGCUAAAUUCAAGUACCAACUAUGAAUAUGGAAGCUUAAAAAUUACUUACACCGCCAUUUCCAUCACAUUUUUAAAAAAUAGCUAUUCACUAAGCUACGACUAUCUAACGACACGAAGUUAUAGUUAUUCCAUUGCUCUGUUUUGUUUGUAUUAUAACUUGUAUGUGCAUUUGAAUUUCAAACUGCAUCACUUGACACGGAACGGUGGAACGAGAAAGGAUCGAUGCCAGAUAUGGUACUCGCUAUCGAUUGCUUCACACAUCUCUACAAUGAGCAGCUGUUUUUUGACAGUUGACAAAAAAAGACGACGGAAUAUUUGUUUACCUUUGUGCGUCAAUGUCAUCAAGUAUGAUUAUUUUUAUUCCCUAUCGCAAAUUUAAUUUACGUUUCCAGAUAAAUUUGCAUUAUUUGUUUGAAAAUGUUUAAAUUUACUGUAUAAUGAAAUUAUGAUAAAAUGGAACAACUUCGUGAAAAGACCAUUACAAAGAAAAGGAGAAAGGUUCAACAAAACACUCCAACAGCAGGGCAAACCCACAGUAAGUUUGUAAGAGAGCCUACUAUUGCACAGAUUAAACAGGAUGCGGCUAAUGAUUCGGAAGAUGUUUCAAGUUGUGAUGAAGUGGUACCAAUAUCUGAGGAAAAUGAACCUGUAGUGCAGAUUGCAGAAUCAUCAGAACAUGACGUUAUCAGUAGCUCCACACCCGAAAAAGAGAUGAUAAUCUGCCCUGAUAUGCCAACAGCAAAAGAAGAAACAGACAUUGAAAGGGAAAAUUUUGAGAGGUUGCUUAAUUCUAAUAAAGACAUAUUGAAUGCCAUCAAACUGAGUGAUGUUCCAAGUAUUGAGACAGUCAAUGUAAGAAAUCCAAGCGAUUACCUCAUAGAUACCUCUGUAAAGAAAGAUCCAGUAAUUGUAAUUAAACCAUUCACUGAAGGGCAAUUGAAUGCCUUAUAUUCCAAUACAGAGUUGGAUACAUUGGAAAUCUUUAUUAAUCAGUAUAUUGAUGCAGAGUUGAAAGGGUUAGCAAUUAAGAAACAUCCCCUGUAUGAGCUCCUAUCUCACUACCUCAGAGUAAGUGAAAAAAUCACUGGCAAUAACCUUGAACUAGAUCAGUUUAGAUGUGAAUACAAGGCACUUGAGAAUGAAUUGUGGACCAUUGAAACUGCUACUGUCUUAGGGAAAGGUGUAUGUCAAGAUGGAGUAACUGUUACUGCUACCCAGACUUACAACAAAAGCAUUUUUCAUAGAUCAGUGUUUCAAAGUAUGGUCCGAAUUUUAGUCAAUAUACGAAAAUUGGUAUAUGAAAAUCAUACACUGUAUUCAUAUUCAGCUCAAGAGGUUCAAAUGCAGAUAGAGCUGUACCUCCAUCAAGUGAUAACCAAUUGCCUAACUGUUGCACAACUAAAUGCUGAAGCUCCUGUAGCCCUGACAUUGCAAGCUGAACCUCCACACCUGAAGCCUUACAUUAGUGAAGUCCGGAUCUGUAUUUCAGUACUGUUUGCUUUCCAGAGAAAACUGAUCAGAGAAUCUGACUUUGUCAGAGAGACCAGAAAAUGGUUGACUUAUCUUGUUGCUGUAUUGUUAAGAGUAGCAAAUUAUCAAGAUCAUUUAUUCAUUUUGAGUCAUGUGCUUAGAUGUCCAGCUGGCAUAUCAACAUGGGCUUCCAACUAUAUUCAAUUGCCUCUAACCAUGGAAACACAAGAAUCGCCGUUUUCAAAUUACCAAAUCCACCAUAUUCUUACUAUAUUGGCUGCCUUAUUGAGCCCUGUUAGAGCUAGGGAGCAGUUUUUAGAAGAUAUAGCGCAGUAUUAUUAUUGUAAUACCAUUACAAUAUGUAUUAGGGUCGUGAAAUGGCUUCUGAUGCACUAUGGGUAAUGGUAGAUUCUGAAGGAGAAGAAGAUGAUGAUUCAACUGGAACUAGUCUUAAAGAAAAUGACCUUGUUGCCUUACUUAAUCAACUACCAUUGGAUGAUAUGUUUAGAAGCAUUUUAUUAGUGAAAAAGAGAGACUUUAAGGAUACCCUGAACCCAAAUGAUAUAACAGAAAACCACAUAUUGAGGUUACUGGCUUUCUCUUCAGUUCUAUUGAGAAUCAUUCAUAGAGGUAUGAAGAUUUAUAGCCAACCUCGAUAUAAUCAAUUUUCAAAAAGGUUAAGCCGCUUCAUAAGGCAUAUUACUCAGUAUGCCACUGAUCUCUGGGAGUUAUUUCUUAAAAUGCACACACUGGAUGACAAAGCAAUGCUCCAAAGACUACAAGUUGAAUAUGAUUCAUUCUUUCUACGGGCAAUCUAUUCAUUAUAUUCUUCUCAAAAACUGGGGGCUUGGCAAUUUUUGGCUGUGAUACCUUAUAAUAUGGUUACCCUGAAAGUUCUUUGGAAGAUUUUCUAUUUUCUACAUGGGAUUGACACUAAAGCCGAGUUUAUCCUGGAUAUGUCAGAUCAGACAGAUUAUAGUGCAAAGAUUUGGGAGGAUGAACUAAGAAUCCAGUUUGAAGAAAAGCUUUCCUCUUUAGAAGAUGCAGAAACUUAUUACUUACUGAACACUUUUGCUAAUAUGGCUUUAGCAAGAACUGAAGUAGACAUGGAGUUCAUACAAACUGCAAUGAUAGAUUUGUUAAAGAUAGGAUUCAUAAAUCAGACGACGCAGGACAGCUGUUCAAAGUCGUCUAGAAUAUUGUUGACUCACAUAACUUCUAAAUAUCCACAUCUUUUGUCAGAUAUACUGAAGGAGGUGAAAGACCACAUAGAUGAAAUUGGUUCGCUAGCUUUGUACUUAUAUGAGGACUUACCUUUAUCUGUUUGGAAAGUUGCUGACUGUGAUAUAGAAAUAUUUUCUAAGCUUUUGUUGAACGCUGCUACUACAAAUGACAGCAAACUGUCCAGAAUGAUCCUGUCACGAUUGAACUGGGAGGAAAUCCCUUAUGACAUUCAUUGUAACGUGGCUUUGUUGGUAGUAGCGGCUACAUUCCACGAACCAGCUAUUGAGCCAUGGGGCUGGCAAACAAUUUUGAGACUUAAGCUACACAUCAAUGAUAAAGCUUUCAAGGAAAUUGGUAGAGUGGAGGAUGUCGAUAAUUAUGACGUACUGAAAAAAGGUAUACGAGAACAGCAUCCUCUCGCUAGUUUCGUAGCAAUCCUUAUGACCACUUGGGGACACCUGAUACCUCUGAUAGGUUCCAAAGGGCUUCCAUUACUUUCGUUCAUACAAACCCACCAAAAACACGAGGCUGUACUUUUUGCGCUAUACCAAAUAGUACCAAUGUUCAUUGAGAGUCAGGAAUGUCUGAUCAACUGCGAAAAGUUCCAGGAGAUUUUGUUAAACUUGCUGAAUGCUGACAGAGGCUAUAUCUAUAUGGCCAAAAGCCUGGUCUAUGCUCAAAACGAGACUGUCCUGCAACAAUUCGGAAACAUGGUAGAAACUCAGAUAGUAAACUACUCAUUUUAUGGUUUGGAAAGCCCCAGAUUGCUAGUGAGACUAUGGAUGAACUCCUUAGUUUCAAUCGCAGGAUGGUAUAAAGACAUGGGUGCAAUGUAUUUAUUGGACGUUAUAAUCAAAACUGCAUUUUUGAACGCUGAUUGUAUUGAGGUUGUAUAUCAUAUUCUUAGAGAACAACACCAAGCCAGUAGUCCUCUAGAGAGUGGAGGUGCAAUAACAUCUCUUUUCAAAUGGGUGACGAAUUCGCCCACUUCAAAUGGUACGCUGUUGUCAAGUGCCCUUUCCAACUAUACGUGGUUAGCAUAUAUGAUGAUUGCUAUUGAAUUUGAUGAGAGAGAACUACAUACAGGACUAUGGAAUGAAAUAUUAGUUCAACUCAGUAGGCAGACUGGAAAAAUAAGCGUCGAUCAAGCUAUAAGAAAAGCUGCCUCAAAUUUGAAUCUACCACCUUUCACCUCUGGCUAUUUGACGAUCUAUCGUUGGGCCCAACAAGCGCUUGAUACACCUCUGGACCAUCCUUUGCUGCCUUUGAUGUGGCAGAGAUUUUUCACUCUGUACUUAGCUAGAAUUUCAGCAUCUAGUAUAGAUAAGUCUUGCGUUGGCGAAAGAUUUUUUGAUGGCAUAGUUAACUUUUCUUUCAUGAAGAAGAUUAAGAGGAGACUACAGGAAACAGUAGAUUAUUUCCAAAGCAAACUAGAUCUGAAGGAUGAAGAUAAUGAAGAAAUUGGCAAGAAAGUUUUCCAUAAAGCUUGUCACGGUGUAUUCAGAGCUUUUCUGUUAUGGCUAGAAGAACCUAGGCUGCAAGAGAAUACAAUACUGUUGAAGGAUCUGCCAUCUCAAUAUGAGGCUGAACUAUUGGGUAGGAUUCUCCAAGGAAGCACCGCCCCUUGGUAUGAGUUCCUAGACUAUGACCGUAUGAAGGUUGAGCAGCAAAUAGCUAUAAGAUCCUGGAGGAUAGCGAAUUUUCGUGAGAAAAAGAAUAUAAACAGGCCACUGAUCAAUGCUGGGAGCAGGGUUGAAAGUGAUGAUCCAUUAGAAAGAAUUUUACGAAGGUUAUCGUCUUAUGACUGUCCAAGACGUCCUCCCAUUAUGGAUAUGUCUGACCCUCUUGUGCCUAAAGUUGAAUUUGGAAACAGGUCUGAGAUGUUCAAGUCUCUUGAGCAAUGUUUUAAAACAUUUAAACGUUUCGCACGCAAUUAUCACGUAAAACAAUCUGAACAUAAAUCGUUAGAUAGUGCAUAUAAGGAUUUAGCACCACAAUUGUAUAGGUCCGUAUUAAAUAAAAUGAAGAAAAUAGUGCCUUGCAAAGGAAAAAAUCAAGCUGUACAUUGUUCUGGAGCUGCUGUCAUCGUAUUGGAAAUGCAGGAAGCUAGAAUAAACGAAAGGAUAGACCAUCAAAUUCAAACAAACAGAAGCAAUUAUGAGUCACUUUUGACGACUGUUCUCCAACCCUGCUCUAUAUGCUUAUGUUCCGCAGCGGUCACUCUACAACAAACGAUAAAAAUUCUCCAAUCACAGCUAAGAUGUAACCCUGCAAGCGCUGAGAUGGGUGUGGAAUUAUUCUACUAUAUAUUGUCUCAGAUUAACGACGAAACCAAUUCGUAUCCUCCAACUAAAACGCUAUUUUCAUGUUGCUUAGAAAAGCUCGGUCAGUCUCAUAUCUAUGGAAUAGAGUACGAAAUGCCUAGACUCCUCAACAAAAUAUUGAAAGAACCUGAUUUGGGAGGUCAUCUAGCGCCUCAUUUCAGUCCUAAAAAUGUUGGAAGUUCAAAUCUUCUUUUGAUGUACAACACGAUUUGUAAGGAAAUCGGGUCCAAGUAUGACGUCGCUUUUGCUCUUCUGUCUAAGUUCGAUAUUGAGACAUGGCUGAACGCGAAAAAUCCAGUUUUGGCGCAAAAAUCCUCAUUCAUUGAAUACGUCAUUGCGGCUUUAACAUCUCUUGGUUUGGAACCUCCGAUGGAAGCCUUCACCUUGCAUGGUCUGUAUAAAAAGCAUCUAUUGAUAAUCCUAGAACAUCAGUUUCCUGAACACUAUGGCGAGGUGUUGAUGUAUCUCUUGAAAGCAAGUAGCGGAAGCCCAGAAUCCAACUUGUUAGCAAUCAGUGUUUGGAUGGAUGUAUUGAACUUUCUGGCUAAACCUGCCACUGUCGAUCUUAAGGCUCCCUUGAGAGAACAGCUGAGGAACUAUGCCCAAUACCAAAAGGUUUUGCACAAUCAACAACUUACGGAAACUGCAGAGAUGCUUGCUAGACACUUUACUCAAGAAAGGUUGCAAUAUGGGUUAUAUGGAUUGUACCCCAAAUGUAGAAGUUAUAUGGAUGUAUUUGUAUUAUUUUUGGGCAUGGUAGGACAUGGUGUCGUGACAAGUACUUUCAAUGCUCACCAAGAUUUGUCUGGGAGUCAGUUGUGUGAAAAAAUCUGGCCACAUCUCAGAGAAGUAUUCACACCAUGGCUUGUACCUUAUUCAAUGCAAAAUCUUAAAGAAAAUAUGGCUUCGUGGAUUCAACAAUUGGCAGAUGAUAGACAAGUGUUGCUUCCAUGGAUUUCUGCUGAUACAAACUUUGCACAGAAAAUGCUGAACGUUUUUAGGGAAUGUAUUUUAUUUGUUCUACAUAUGAUACCAGGUUCUGGUAGCAUUCUCAAUUUAUUUUGGCAAUGGUACGUCAGUUCCUAUGCUCACAACAGUGUCAAGGAUCACAUCCUUAUACCAGUUCAUCAAACAUUUUUGUCUUUUCCAUGGAACAAUUUUUGGCCGAGUAUGAUUGACGUUGAACUCAUGCUUAGGAUUGUGGAUCAGUACCUGCCUGAGUGUCACGCCUUCCUAGGUCACAUUUUCGUUGUGAUCCCCUGGGCCGAAUGGUUGAAGAACUUCUAUAACGCCCCACCUCAAAUUAAACUCCGUGUUUAUCAGUGCCUCAUUAACCUCAUAGUGAAACUGAGCAAUGAGCCGAACGUUAAAAAGAACCAUGCAGAGCGAGCGAAGUCUCUGUUGGUUCAAGCGGAAAACUUCGACUGGGAUAUUUUAGAAGCACCCCUGUAUCAACAUGUAAUGGAUUGGUACGUGAUGAGUUGUGACUCGGCUGUGAUAUUCAAGACGGAUCCGUUGGAUCUGGAUUACAGAGUUUUGAACUUUUUAAAAACGGUGUCAACAAGCAAUUCAGCCACUCCGAUUCAGGACAAUUUGAACAAAAGACUGAUUUUCGUAAAAACUUACGUGAAAUUGCUCUCUGUUUAUAUCAACCGGCAUCGCACUAAUGUUCCUCGGAAAGGACAGGAAAUAUAUACUCUAAUUACUAAGCAGUUAAAUGAAUUAGAGUAUACGACAGCUUCAGAAGAGAACAUGACAGCUCUGUUGACAGAACUUUUGUGCGUGUUGAACAUAGAUGAUAUCAAGGAACCAGCUUUGAAGGCUGUUUCUAAGUGGGCAGGAGCAAAAUGUGGCGACACAAUCACAAUUAGAAGUUUGCUCAAAUCUCUAGGAAUAGCAGUGAAGAACUAUGAAAAUCUAGCUGAAGUAUUGGAAGCUACAAUCUGCAGUUAUUUUGUCAACGCAGUUACCAACGAGUUUGAACCAAGUUGGGCGGAAGUUAGUAGUUUACUAAACCUGUCGGUUACGCGACAGUCAGAGCUGGAGCAAAUGCUCCUAGUCAAAGGUGCGAUUUUGACGUUAAACGCCAUUUUACUACAAAGAAUUUCAAAAGGUGUGGACAAUGAAGCUGUUAUAAAGCAAACCUUAGAUUGGUUGUGCAAUAUGAAACCAAGGUGAGGAUAUUAUGCAUACCAUUUUGUAUCUAUAAGAAUUAGCUACUUAUUCCAAAAGUAACCAGAGGCGCCAGUUUAGUUCAUGCGAUUGUUUUUGUAGUGGAACCACCGAGUCUAAAAUACCCCUAAUAUGGCUGAACUUAUUGGACUUGAUUAUAAAACACGUGGACAAGAACGAGAUAUUUUGUGCAGUUGUGCUACACAAAUUUUCUCAGAUUCUUUUAGAAAUAGCUGAAGAAAGAGCUACGUCAAGAUGGGGAAGAGGCCUUCUUAGCGCCAUAGGACUCUCAAAGCAAGAUGAUACAUCUAUUGACUUCAAGUUUUUGUGCAAAGCCCUGGCAGGUUACAUAUUGGCUCAGCUGCCAGAACCUAAAGGAGAGUCUCGUACUAUAAGGAAAUCUGCGAACGCUCCUUGCAAAGUCGGACAACCUGGAGGAAACACCGAGUGUGUAAAAAUUCUGAUGGGGUUAGAUUUUGGUCAUUCCCAAGGGAAAAUCAAAGAAUGUGCUGAAGCUGCCUUGAGACAGAUUCAGGAUCCUAACAACUCAUUACAUAGCGCCAAAAGGUUCAUCAAGCUAUUUGUAGUGCAAUUUUAUACAAGACCUUACAUCAUAGACAUGGGAUAGUGAUUCUAGGUUAAAAUUCUUUUUAUGUUUCUGACAUAUUUUUGCUCAUUUUCAUUCUUAUGCAUAAUAAGAUUACCAGGUAUCAGUAAGUUACCAAUAAUGUGAAAUUUUCAUAUAAAUUAUAUUUUUCAAUUGUAUUGGAGGAUAUUUCUUUUUUUAUAUGUGUAUGUUUAUAUUAUGAUGAAAUUAUAAAAAAAUAUCAAAAA